UGAUUAGUUAUAAUAAUUGAUGCAAUUUGGAUUUGGAUGGGAAUUGGAGCGAGGAACUCAACUCAUUUCUUCUUCUUCGUCUUCUUCUGGUUUUACUAUUACCUAUAGCUCUUACUCAAAUCUAAAUAAAAUGCUUUCUUCUCCUCACCUAUAUAAUAAAUAAAUAAUACGUUAAAAAUAAGAUAUAAUAAUAGUGAGCGAUUAUUAAGUUCAGUUUUAAUAAGCGUUUAAUUGAAGAGCCAGGGCUCACAUAUGCACGCACGCACGCACGCACAGAAAGACACACAGAGGAGAGCUGCGGAGGGAGGAGGUGUUGAGCUGAUGAGGUCCUUGAGAGCCUUGAGGGAGAGUUGUUGAGUUGAAGAAGGGUAGGCUUUUAGAUAAUCUCAGAUUAGAUUAGAUAAGAUUAGCUAAUGGAGCCCGAGUCUGGAAUUUCGACGCCUUCCCGCAAUCCUCCUCCUCAGCUUUCAUGGGUGAAUCUCUCCAGAAAUCUAAUACUUGCUUAUCAAAGCCUUGGCGUGGUUUAUGGGGACCUGAGUACUUCUCCUCUCUAUGUUUAUACUAGCACAUUCAUAGGGAAGUUGCAGAACCAUAAUAAUGAGGAAGUGAUAUUUGGUGCAUUUUCCUUAAUUUUCUGGACUCUUACACUGAUACCCUUGCUGAAGUAUGUCUUCAUCCUAUUGAGUGCUGACGAUAAUGGUGAAGGUGGGACAUUUGCUCUUUACUCAUUGCUUUGCCGCCAUGCAAAGUUUAGUUUACUUCCCAACCAACAAGCAGCUGAUGAGGAGCUCACAGCUUACAAAUACGGUCCCUCAUCACAGGUUGUAGCCUCUUCCCCAUUAAAAAGAUUUUUGGAGAAGCAUAAAAGGUUACGGACAGCCCUACUAGUGGUGGUAUUAUUAGGAGCUUGCAUGGUCAUAGGAGAUGGUGUGCUCACUCCAGCAAUUUCAGUUUUGUCAUCAGUAUCAGGGUUACAAGUUACAGAGGAGAAAUUAACUGAUGGUGAACUCCUCUUGCUUGCCUGUGUCAUAUUGGUUGGCCUGUUUGCUCUGCAGCAUUGUGGCACCCACAGGGUAGCAUUUUUGUUUGCACCUAUUGUAAUAAUCUGGUUGAUAUCAAUAUUUGCCAUUGGCCUGUACAACACAAUACAUUGGAACCCAGCUAUUGUUCGUGCAUUGUCGCCCCACUAUAUUGUCAAGUUUUUCCGUGAAACUGGUAAAGAUGGUUGGAUUUCUCUUGGUGGGAUUCUCCUCUCAAUAACUGGUACUGAAGCCAUGUUUGCAGAUCUUGGACAUUUCACUGCCUUAUCGAUAAGGCUUGCGUUUGCAUUCAUUAUAUAUCCUUGUUUGGUAGUACAAUACAUGGGUCAAGCUGCUUUCCUAUCUAAACAUCCCAACUGCAUUCGUUACAGUUUCUAUGACUCAAUACCUGAGCCUGUAUUUUGGCCCGUCUUUGUUGUUGCUACCCUUGCAACAAUUGUUGGGAGCCAGGCUGUUAUAACCGCUACUUUCUCCAUCAUCAAGCAAUGUCAUGCCCUUGGUUGCUUCCCGCGAGUCAAAGUUGUCCACACCUCAAAACAUAUAUAUGGGCAGAUCUACAUCCCAGAAAUUAAUUGGAUACUUAUGAUCCUCACUCUUGCGAUAACUAUUGGAUUCCAAGACACGACUUUAAUUGGAAAUGCAUAUGGACUUGCUUGCAUGAUGGUUAUGUUUAUCACGACGUUCCUUAUGGCACUUGUAAUAGUCUUUGUUUGGCAGAAAAGUGUGGUUCUGGCUGCAGUUUUUCUGAUUUUCUUCUGGUUCAUUGAGGGAGUCUACUUAUCAGCAGCACUCAUUAAAGUGCCUCAGGGAGGAUGGGUCCCUUUUGUUCUCUCGUUCAUCUUUAUGAUCGUUAUGUAUGUCUGGCAUUAUGGUACGCGGAAGAAGUAUAACUACGAUCUGCACAACAAAGUUUCAUUAAAAUGGUUACUUGGCCUUGGCCCCAGCCUCGGUAUAGUCCGCGUGCCUGGGAUAGGCCUCAUAUACUCAGAGUUGGCAACAGGAGUUCCUGCAAUAUUCUCUCACUUUGUAACAAAUCUUCCUGCAUUUCACAAGGUGUUGGUUUUUGUUUGUGUAAAAUCAGUUCCAGUUCCAAGUGUUUCACCUGAAGAGCGAUUUCUGAUUGGCCGGAUUUGUCCAAGGCCUUACCGUAUGUAUAGGUGCAUCGUCAGGUAUGGGUACAAGGACAUUCAACGGGAUGAUGGAGACUUUGAGAACCAGCUCAUCCAAAGCAUAGCAGAGUUCAUCCAGAUGGAAGCAGUGGAACCACAGUUCUCAAGCUCUGAGAGCGCAUCAUUUGAUGGAAGGAUGGCUGUGAUAAGCACCAGGACGGGGCAAUCGAGUUCGAGCUUAAUAGCGAAUGAGCAAGAGGUUUUUGGUGUGAGCGACUCCAUCCAAAGCAGCAAAUCUUUGACCCUCCAGAGUAUAGGAUCAGUGUAUGAUGAUGAGAACCCACAAAUCAGGAGGCGCCAAGUAAGGUUUCAGCUUCCCUCAAACCCAGGUAUGGAUCCUGCAGUGAGGGAAGAGCUGAUGGAUUUAAUCCAGGCCAAGGAAGCAGGGGUGGCUUAUAUAAUGGGGCAUUCAUAUGUGAAGGCGAGGAGAUCAUCGUCGUAUCUGAAGAAGCUUGUGAUUGAUAUGGGGUAUUCAUUUCUUAGGAAGAACUGCAGGGGACCUGCUGUGGCACUUAACAUUCCUCACAUCAGUCUUAUCGAAGUUGGGAUGAUAUACUAUGUCUGAGUCCUAAUUGUUUGAAGGAAUUCGUUACUUAGAGAUUCUAGGGGAUAGGGAGCUGUCUCUUAUUAGUCUAAGCUCAUGGGAGAAGUAUGCUAUAAGGCAGAGGCUAGGACUAAAUAAUAUUUGGUCGCAUCGCAGAUUUCAUUUGGAAGCAUCUUUGCCUCUGCCUGCCUGCCUGCGCUUUUGUUCCAACGUAACGUGUAUAGAUGAAUAACAUGGAAAUCUAUCGUCAUUAUUAUUUGGCAACUCACUUGGGCUUUCAACAUGCUGCAUGCAUAACUUCAAUUCGACGGUGAAAUUUGUCAUCA